AUGGAUGUAGAUGAAGAGCCAACACCUACUGCCAAGCCGCCAAAAAGUAGUAGUAAUAAGGAGGCUAAGGCGACCGGGUCUUCUAUACCGGUUCGUGAGCUUCGGACUGACUCGAAAUUGGAGACGAACCCACCCCACAAACCUACGAAGAGCAUACUUAUCCCAAUUGAGGAUGAAUCAUCUCCAGAGCCAGAGCUACCAAAGAAAUCCGCACUACAGCAAGCAAAUGAAGAGAUCGCAGCCUUGAAGGCAUCUAUGAAACGGACUAUUCAUUCUGAGCCGGUCAAAGAGGUUAAGAAAACGGCACUGGAGCAAUUAAUACCGGAGAAUUCUACGCGGGGCCGGAAAAGGAGAAGAGGAGGCGAGGGCCCUGCUGUAAACGAAGAUUUACUAAAGCUUCAAGCCUUUCGUUCCAAGCUCAGCCAAGCAGGACCUGAGAAAGAACAACUAAACGUACCUACCGAGGAGGGUGGUGCUGAACAAGGUUCGGGCGAGCAAGACGACGAGGCGGAACUAUGCGAUCUACACUUUAUUGCCAACUGCCAAAGCUGCAACUCGUGGGACAAGGCUGAAAAGGAAGAGAGCGACGAUGAGGGCUGGAUGUCCCAUGCCUUGAGCUUUGCAGCCGACAAGCUCGGUAAAGACUUGUCAUACCGGAAGAAGGCCGAAGAUGAAUUGGUUGUCAUUGAUCCGAGAGAAAAAGCCCGGACGCUUAAGGAGGAGAAGAGGGCGCAAAGAGAGGCACAGGCUGGAAACUCCGGAAGGGAAUGGGACCAAGCGAGGAAUGCCAAAUUGGCGAGAGCAUCAGCUCUGGCCGGUAGAGGGGCUAAGUAA